AUGUCUGUGGCUCAAGGGAAUCUCGACGUUGCCUUGGCUGCGGAGGUGGGGUUUUUCCGACUCCAGAAUCAUCAAGCGGACGAUUUCAACGAUCAGGACUCCGCUAUUGGGAGUACUCACGGAAGUUCUUCCGCCUCAAUCGGUUCGAGCAUCUUACGAUACCGAGAAGAGAAUGGCAGAACCUACCAUACGUACAAGGAAGGGACUUAUAUACUACCAAAUGAUGAGAAUGAGAAUGACCGCCUUGAUCUCCAACACCAUAUGUUCGCUUUGACAUUUGGCGGUAAAUUGUCGACUAUUAUUGAUAAGUCUCAGAAACUUCGUCGGGUGCUGGACGUGGGAACUGGAACAGGAAUUUGGGCCAUUGACUUUGCCGAUGAGCAUCCGGAAGCACAGGUCGUUGGCAUUGAUCUCAGUCCCAUCCAGCCAGCAUUCACGCCACCAAAUCUGACCUUUUACGUCGACGACGCAGAAGACCCGUGGACUUACACUGAGAAAUUCGACUUCAUCUAUUCCCGCAUGAUGACAGGCUCGAUUGCCAAGUGGCCUGAAUUCAUCGCCCAAGCUAAGGAGUUCCUCAAUCCAGGUGGGCAGCUCGAACUAGCAGACAUCGUCUUUCCAAUUGAUUGUGAUGAUGAAGCUGCGGACAAACUCGGUAGGAAAGUAGAAAGUGCUAAGCGCUACAAAGAACAGCUUGAAGAGGCUGGGUUCACAGACGUUGUGGAAACAAGAUACAAGUGGCCACAGAAUCGAUGGCCGAAGGACCGGGCGUAUAAAGAAUUGGGGAUGUGGACUGUUGAAAACCUGACCACAGGACUCCAGGGUCUGAGCUUGGCUCUGUUCACGCGCGGCCUCGGAUGGUCUGCAGAAGAAUUGGAGGUCUUCUUGAUAGAUGUCAGAAACGAUAUGAAGAAUACACGGAUACAUGCAUACUGGAAUAUCUAUGUCGUAACGGCAAAGAAACCUUCCUGAACGCCAAGAUUCAUAGUCAAGGACAAAGUACUAGAUCGACAGAUUUCUUCAUAAAAAGAUUAGAAUUAUAAGGGGGUGCCUUGAAGAAUAGACAUUGAUUUUGAAGGGAUGUUGAUUUGAUUUACCAACGGUAAGUUAAUCUAGCCAUAGAAUAUCAAAGGGCC